AUGAGGCCGGGGGCAACGCACACAAGUGAGGUGGGCCCCACAGGCAAGGCAAUAGGUAUUGAGCACAUAGAAGAAUUGGUCCAUGAAUCCCUUAGGAACGUCAGAAAAGAUGACCCAAACUUACUUAGUUCUGGACGAGUGAAACUUUUAGUUGGGGAUGGUAGGACGGGAUAUCCUGAAGAAGCCCCAUAUGAUGCCAUCCAUGUUGGAGCAGCUGCACCCACUGUGCCAAUGGAGUUGCUGAAUGAACUGAAACCUGGAGGACGACUGAUUUUGCCAGUGGGGCCAGAAAAUGGAAACCAGGUUAUGAUGCAGUUUGACAAAACGAUGGAUGGCCAGAUUGUGGAAAAGCAUCUGAUGGGUGUGAUAUAUGUUCCUCUGACAGACAAAGAAAAACAGUGGCCUCGGGGUGAACUUUAAAAGAUUUAAAUAAAUUGAAGAGGUGGUCGUACGCAAAGGAAAUUAAUGUAUUGAACUUAGGAGCACUUACAAAAAAAAAAA